ACAGUCACCGCUUAACUCUGCACACGGUGAAGAAAUCUUUCAUUUCAAUUGACGCUUCCCCCGUGUCCGCAGCACAGCAUGUUGCCCACUGCCUUUGUGGUAGUUUUGGCCGCAAUCCUUGUGCAGGUUUCUGUGGCUGAUCCUGGAAACCAUGCUGGAGCUAAGCCUGCUAAACACUCGCCUUUUGCCAUCGCAUCUGACCAAGAAGUACAGAAAAUGAUCGCGGCUGAUGGAUUUGUUGUUGCAUCGCUCAAAAAAACCUGGGAACUAAUAUGGGGAAUCAUAAGUGCUCCGUUCCGCUGGGUGUAUAGGGUAUUUGAACUGAUGAUAACAAUCGUGAAACUAGGAAUAGAAGGCGUCCGGCAGUUUCAAAUACCAGAAAUAAGCAAGAUGAAAUUCCACUAGGACGAAAGUGAUGAUGAUACUCGUACAUGGAUAUGGCAUUGUUAACCACCAUAGUGGGAAUGAAAUUGGAAAAUUAUCAAAAAUGGAAUGACUUUUGCAUGUCUCA